AAACCCUUUUGACACACUUUUUUUUGAAGUCUUAUCUUCUUCAGUCGCAGUCGUUUCAGAACUUGCAAUUUCGGUAGCUGAAUAUCGAAAUCUACAAAAUGGCGGUGUCUUCAGGCGUCUUCUCGAGUUUCUUCGUGGCGCAACCGGCGUCUUUCGUCAAGGCGUCUCCCGUCGCCGUCGUCAUGCGCGCGCCGGCUAAGCUUCCUCUGCGCGCGCUUUCUAUCACCGCGGCGUCGAAACAGGCGACGGAGACUGAGACGAAGAAGCGGGAUCCGAGGGGAAUUAUGAAGCCGCGGAGAGUGUCGCCGGAAAUGCAGGCGUUCCUCGGCGGCGUGGCUGAGAUUCCCCGCACUCAAGCACUUAAAGAGAUUUGGGCUUACAUCAAGGCGCAAAACCUUCAGGACCCGGCCAACAAGAAGGUGAUCAUCUGUGACGAGAACCUGAAAACGAUUUUUGUUGGGAAGGAUCGCGUUGGGUUUCUUGAGAUUGCCGGGUUGAUCAGCCCUCACUUUCUCAAGUGAGGAGACACUCAUGCAUCUUACUAGUAGUAUGUAAAUCAAGUGUUAUGUUGGUUGAUGUUAUCGUACUAGGAAACACUAGCAAACACAAGCUCUUAUUUUACACUAGAUCCUUACGCCUAGUGGUGUAAUUUUGCCUUUUGGAUCAUGCAAACGUCUGAAUUCUUGAUAUUUCAAGCUUUUGCCGUUCAUCUUUCA